AUGUCGUCCGCGGUAGCAGAGCUGGAGAAUAUUCUCCAAUCCAUGCUGGCUCUCAAGCCUCCUGGUGUAUCGGGCUCCAAGAUCGGUAGCAUCACAUCCUUGUGCACUGCCAACGUGCAGAAUGAAUCAGUUCUCAUUCAGAAAAUCUACACCCACUUCAAGAAGGCACCGGGCUCCCACAAGUUGGGCGUGCUCUAUGUCGUAGACUCAGUAACUCGACAAUGGGUAGAUGCUGCUCGCAAGGCUGGUCAGGUUCCUGGAAGCGAGGCGCCAGACGGAACCUUCGCCGCUGGAGUCAAGCGUGUCACCGAUCUGCUGCCUGUCCUGAUGACCGACAUCAUUAACAAUGCUCCGCAAGAUCAAAAGGAGAAGAUCAAGAAGCUAGUUGAUAUCUGGGAGCGUGGAGGCACAUUCCCGGCGCCCAUGCUGAACUCUUUCAAAGAGAAAUUGAACGCAACCGUCGAAUCCCACACCCCCGAAGGCUCACCUGCCCCCAACGCGAACCCACUGGGCGUUCCGCAACAGCCCGCCGCACCGGACACCUCGAGCAUCCUGAAGGCAUUGGCGGAUAUGGCGAAGCAAAACACUGCGGCCCCUACGGCACCAUCGGCCCCUGCUCCGGCCAAUCCUAUGGCUUCCUUCAACGCCGCCGCAGCCAUGCCCGCUGCGCCUUCCACCGAUGCGUCUUCUCAGGCUUCUGCUGCCCUGAAUCCAUACGGCGCAGCCGCCGGCCCCAUGAACCCCUUUGCGGCGAUGGGAGCUGUCGCUCAGAACCCGGUCAUCCCGCCUCAGAGCCAGACUGGAACUCCUAACCCCAUGGCCGCUGCCAAUCCGUUGGCCGCGUUGAUGCCACAGACUGCGCAACAGCCUGCCAUGGACCCGGCCGCGAUGGCCCAGCAAUUCCAGCUUCUUCAAAUGCUUGCUGCUCAGGGUGUUCCCCAGGACCAGUGGGCCACUGCCUUGCAGCUCCUCAGCAUGAGCAGCAACACAAAUGGUAUGGGUGCUAUACCUCCCGCUGGACAGAUGCCUGCCAUUCCUGGAUUCCCCCAGAUGCCCGGCCAGAACGUAGGCGGCUGGGGUCGCCCUGACUCUCAGAACCGUGAUGACCGAGGCCGCGAGUUCCCUCGUUCCCCUCCCACUGGAUACCGUCGUCGUUCGCGCUCCCCUGGCUGGGACAGACGUCGUACUGCCUCGCCCCCUCGUCGUCGUGAGAGCCCUGUGUAUGGAGAAUAUCAUGGUGACUCCCCCGGUCGUCGUGGCGGAGACCCCCGUGAUGCGCGUGGUCGUCGUGGCAAUGAGUAUCGCCAGCGCAGCCCUCCUGGCCGUGGUGGUCGUCGUCGCUCGCCUUCGCCUGCUCGUAGCAAGGAUCCUAACCUGCCACCCCCCGGUCCCAAGUUCAUUGAGUGGGACUACUCGAUUGGCCAGGGUGUAAUCAAGGUGUUGAGCCGAACCCUGUUUGUUGGCGGCGUCACCUCUUCGGAGGCCCACCUGCGCCAGCUGUUUGGCCAGUUUGGAAUCGUUCAGACAUGCAUUGUUAACGUGGACAAGCGCCACGCGUUUAUCAAGAUGAUCAGCCGUGGUGACGCGAUGAGUGCUCGCGAUGGAAUGGAAUCAUACCGGACUGGAGAUAUGCAACUUAGGACUCGGUGGGGUGUUGGCUUUGGCCCCCGCGACUGCAGCGACUACCAAACUGGCGUUAGCAUAAUUCCAAUUGAACGCUUGACUGAGGCUGAUCGGAAAUGGAUGCUCACCGCCGAGUACGGCGGAACUGGAGGACGUCCCAUUGAAUCUGGAAUGAUUGUCGAGGAGCCUGAUAUUGAAAUCGGCGCUGGUGUCUCUUCUAAGGCUAUCAGCCGUCGCAUCGCAACUGACACUGGCGGCAAGCGUGGUCCUAUCUCGACACGCGACAACCGCUUUGGCGGUCACCCUGGUGGUGGUGGUGGCGGUGGUGGCGGUGGUCGCCGUGAUCGUGAUGGAUACGGCGGUGGCCCCAACAUGGGUGAUGGCGCCGUCGACCAGGGCCAGACCAUGAGCAACCCUGCAGUCCCUCCUGCUGUUCCUGCCUAUGGUUUCAACUUCGCCAGUAUGCCUAUGCUGCCUCCUGGCUUCAUGAUGGGUGGUGCGCAGGGUGGUUCCAUGCCCGGCGCUCAACCCCCCAAUGGUCAGGGCAACUAA